UUUUCACUGCAAGACAGCACAUCAACGACAUCGAGUACGAGAAGAACUUUGUUGAUCGGAGUAUUUGUAAGGGUAUUGACAGUGGGUAAGAAUAUCAUAUGUAUUCCAGAGCAGGUUCAGUGGUAUCGAUGCUAAGAUAGGUCGUAAUCGCGACCCUGGAUGUAUCUAACGGGAGAGGGCAUGCACAAAAGGAAAGUCAUCGUCUACACAUGGCAAAAGAAAAGCUGCCCCAGACCUCGCUAGUUCGACUGACUCAGCGAGAAGAAUGGCCGGGUCGAUUAGGGCCCCUUCGUCCACAAUACCCACCGCAAGGCAUGGGUCUAUGUCCCUCGCUCCCAUGGUAUCGGUUCCGGCGAUGAUGACGAUCGGAAACGUCCUCGCUGAAAACGUUUCCGCGAGCCAAUCUCCGCCCUAUCGGGAACAACUAGACAUGCAUCAGUAUGUAAUACCUCUCGCCGAGGGUGAGCACAGCGGCGGUGGUAAUGAAGACGCCAUGCAAGGAAGCAUGAAUAAUAACAAUAGUCAUGGGUGAAUCGCUGUAAAGCUGCUUCAAGCCAGACUGACCGUCUUCCUGAUCCGCACCAGCAGCACUCCUUUGGUAAUCACGCCAUUUGCAUCGUAGAGAUGCAGCAAUCGGAGGCCAGGCUGCAGACGAUCGAGGCGGAAGCACGCCCACGCGGCGAGAUCGUCGCUGAUACGCUCGUCGUCCAUGACUUUGAAU